CCAACUUUCCCAAGCAGCAAUCCUUUGUCUCUCAUACAAUCCUCAAAACCAUUGGCUCAAAAAAGAGUCCCAUUCUCUCUCUCUCUCUCUCUCUCUCUCUCAUUAUGGGGCUUUUGAAAGUUUGGGUCACCAUUCUCAUGACCCCUUGUGCAAAUUUCUUGGGGAGGAAAUGGAAUCUUCUAGACCUUGUGACAGCUGGUAUGUUCUUGAGUGUGCAUUGCCUGGCUUUGUUUGCACCGUUUUACUUCACUUGGACUGCGUUUUUGGUGGCCUUUUGGCUGGCCUUUCUGACCGGUUUUGGAAUCACUCUUUCUUACCAUAGAAAUCUUGCUCAUAGAAGUUUUAGGGUUCCAAAAUUGCUUGAGUACUUGUUUGCCUACUGUGGGGUUCUCGCACUUGAGGGAAGUCCAAUUGAAUGGGUGAGCACA